CACAAACAGCACAGACUUAAACAGACGACAUUUAUCGCUCUAAUGAUAAGACAAAACCAAAUGCUGCUCACAAUGUGAUGCACUAUGGCUUCAUGGGAGAGGAAAGCACAUCAGAGGAAAACUUUAUAUGCAUGCGCCAUUAUUUUUCUUGUUCUUUUGGUGGCACUGCUGAUGUUUGUUGUCAUAUAUCUAACACUCAGCAGGCAGGGUAUUGUUGAAGAGGAUUCUAUUCAGGAACAGACCUCUGACCUGAAUGAUGACGUGCAUGACGAAUGCAGAUCCAGAGCUGUGGUUGUAAAUGAUAAAGCCAUCAUGCAGACAUGGGAUACCAGAACAAACUUCAGUCAAGCCUGGAGCAAUGCAGAGCAAAAAGCUAGAGAGCCUGCACACGCCUACAUGGAGAAACAUCAUUCGAUUGACAUAUACAUGUAUACAAAUAUUAUGCUGCAACCUCUUGAGUCAGAUCUUGAGACUACAGAAAGAGCUGGAAAACAGCUAAAGGAGACAUUUGAGUCCCGCUCCCUUUAUUUUUCCUUAAGUGAAGCCAUUCAGAUUCUGAAGCACAGUCAGGUGACAUGUCUUACUACAAAUUACAAAACAGAGACACUUUUAAAUCUGAACACGUCUAACAAACUGGUUCGAUUCAGCACCUUCAUGUUAGGUUCUGAUGGGUGGAACUUCACAAGUAAUGUGUCAUGUUUUGAAAUAUACACGUGUUUUGGUGCUGACAUAACAUAUUAUUCAGCCUUAAAAAUGAGCAGCCAGGUGCUGAUUCCUCCCUAUGAGGUUUUCAAAGUCACUGACAUGGAGACAAAUGCACAGAGGUGUAAAGUCAUCUACAGACUGAAGAGCAACCUAAACUGUGUAUAUGAUAAAGAGAGCAAUAUGUUGCAUCCAAUAUCUGCAUUACCAGUCAAUGGAUUUUGGCUAAUUUUUGCUAUCAUUUGUAUCAUUAUUGCAUCUUUUUUGCUACUUUUUAUCAUUGUGAAGGUGUUAAGAAGCCAUAAGUAAACUCCUGUUAACAGUGUUUCGCCUCCUGCAUAACAGCACUUUUAAAUAAUUGUGAAGAAAGCUGUUUAAAACUUCACUCACAGGAAAAGAGAAAAAUAUGUCAUAUCAUAUUUGUUCAUCCUAAGUAACAUAUUAUAAACUUACAAUGUAUAUAUUUGCAGUGUAUAUAUUAUGUAUAUUAUUUACAAAUCGUGUUCAUUGUGUCAUUAUCUUACUACUAAGUACACAUUUCAGAUUUGACAUGAUGUAAUAAA